GGACGGGACCAGUGAAAAACUCCACAUCUCUCUCUCUCUCUCGCCUUCUGGUGGCUCCUCUCUCCCGUGAAGCCACCCUCUUCCUCCUGUGUCGAUAACAAAGCAUUUGCGAAUCGUGGUGAAAGGUCUAUUCCGAGUGUUCCAAAAUGAACGAGACUAUGAAGCAGUUCCAACAAAGCUUAAUUGAGCUUGAAACUGAAGCUGAGCAUCUCCUUCUAGCCCGGACACAGCUGCUAGAAAAUGAUAAAGUUAGGAAUGAGAACAGGGAAGCACUAACUGCUUUGAGGAAGAGGGCUAGGACUACAAAAUCUAGUGUUCCAUCUCCCUUUGAGUCGAUAAUGAAGGAUAUUGGAGGACCUGAAUCAAGGCCUUUGGUGCAGGAGGUAUGUGCAACAUGUGGUAACCAUGACUCAAGUGAGUGCACAUGGAUGAUGUUUCCAGGAACUGAUGUCUUUGCUAUGAUUCCAUUCCAUGCUUCCCACACCAUCUUGGAGAAAGACCAAGAACGUGUUGAUUUUGAAGCUAAGAAACUACAAAGCUUUGUGAAGGAAAAGUCCUUUUUGAUUUCCGAAAAAGGUGCAUUGUCUGACAAGAUAGGUCCUGGUGUGCUCAGAUCUCUUGUAACCUUAACAGACAAACCAAAGUGAGGUGUAAUGGCUAAUUGCUCAAUUAUGUAUGGAAUGUCCGUCGUUGCAGAAAGUAAGUCUGGUUUGCUUUUUCCCUUUGAAGACUAUGGUAGCAAUAAAGCAUCUGAACAAAGUAGUUGAAUGUAUAUCGAAGUCUGUUAUGUUAUGCACUUUGUUCGUAGAGUUAAGUCUGGUCUGGAGGUUCAGAACACUUCAUUGUGGACUUUAAUCAGUUUCCUUUUAUUAAUUGUUCUUAAUCCUCAAGGUAUGGUGUUCAAAAUUUAUAAAUUGUUUUCGUGCAUUGAUUUGUGAAAAUUGAAUGACAUGCAUAAGCUUAUCA